CUCGCAACUCGCUUCACCGUUCACAAUUCUCUUGGGCAUACCUUCUAAGCCCUUAAUUGCUUUAUGGACUAUUUGGAUCAUACCACAGGCAGAUAGCUUUGGUGAAUUCGCGUCUGUAAAAUAUACCUCCAAGAAAAAGUUAGGAUUUGGCCUACGGAAAUGGCCAGAGAGACUCGCUCACCAUCGCCAGUAGGCAGCACUCAUUCAUCGUCGAAACGAAGUCGAAGAAACGAAGAUUAUCUUGAUAGAAGCCGCCGCGAUGAUGGCAGGGGCCACAGGAGAUCGCGAAGCCCUCCGAGGCGACAUCGUGACAGAGACUGGGAUCGACACCGAGAUCGAGAUCGGGAUCGUGACCGUGAUAGAGUACGGGAUCGCGAGCGUGGACGUGAUCGAGAACGCGAUCGAGAUACUUAUCGAAAGUCAGAUCGCUCGGUAGAUAGACGAGAUUACAGAGAUGAUGUACGUGAUGAUACUUCCUACCGCCCAAGCAGGAGGGAUCGGUCACGACCAAGGUACCACUCACGGGAUCGCGAAGAUGGCAGAGAAUAUCGCCACAGGAGCCGCGACAGGCGACGAAGGGACGAUUCCGCCGAUUCCAAAUCAAUAGCCAAACGGAAUGAAAGCAGAGACCGCGUCUCCAGCAAGGAUUCCAUUGGAAAGUCUCGUGAGGUCUCCAAACCUUCUACACCUGCCCCGCCUAUCGCACAAACAGAUGAAGAGAAGAAGGCCGAACGGCUCGCGAAAUUGGAGGCGUGGAAACAAAAGCAGGCUGCAGAAAAAGAGCGAAAACAAAAAGAACUAGCAGCUGCAGGUGGUGCACGAAGCAUUCUUGCUGAGAUUGAUAAAAGAUCCACGUUAAGGCAGGCAGGUGUGUCGCAAGAAACACCCGCGCCACAAGAAUCCGAGUCCGCAUCUGCGAAGAAGUUUGAUCCCAAAACGAUUACCAAAAAUGCUGCAACCCAACCAGAGCGUCUUUCGUUGCUUGGUAAUGAUGUCGCAGUCCCUAAUACUACUACGUCUUCUGAAGUUGCUGGUCGCAAUGGGGCCGAUUCUACCCGAAUUGCUCCGUUAAAGCCUCAAGGCAACGUUAGUGGCUUUGGCUUCGGCGCCAAGUCAGCUGCUGAACUGGAAAAGACGUCUCACAAACGCGCGUUGGAUUUUGGUGACGAAGAAUCCAGCCGCAAAAAGUUAAUGAAGCUUCCCGAUCCUUCACUCGAGGACAACGAUACUCCCAAUGGAACCGUCAAUGGUGCUGAAGAGGAAGAAGAUGACGACGGCGAUAUCGACAUGCAGGAUGGCGGCACAGAGGAAGAGAACGCUGCUGCGGCGAGGGCUGCGGCGGAAAAACGCGAAGAAAGGCUGCAAAAUCAGACUGUAGCUUUAGAGUCACAACCAGAACAGCAACCAGAAACGUUAGAAACUGACCAGAAUGGCUCAGCCGAACCUAUGGAUGUGGAGGAUGAGGAGGAAAUCGACCCGUUGGAUGCCUUUAUGUCUGGUCUAAAAGAUUCAGUGACGGUAGACGCAUCCAAAUAUCGAAAAAAUGUUUCUAAACCUAAACAGGAACCCGAAGCAAUAUUUGGGGACGAGGAUGAUGUGGAUUUGAAGGCAAUGGAUUUCGAAGCGGAUGAUUUCCUUGCUAUAACGAGUAAAACCAGGAAGAAGAAAGAUUUACCCACUGUCAAUCACGAAAAGAUUGAUUAUGAACCAUUCCGAAAGAGCUUCUAUACGGAGCCUGUGGAUUUGGCGGAGCUAAACGAUGAAGAGGUCGCCGCUCUAAGGCUAGAAUUGGAUGGAAUAAAGGUUCGGGGUGUCGACGUACCAAAACCUGUGCAAAAGUGGUCGCAGUGUGGUUUAGGAGUCCAAACCCUGGACGUCAUUCGGAAACUCGGUUAUGAGCAACCAACCUCGAUUCAAUCGCAAGCUAUUCCGGCCAUCAUGUCCGGAAGAGACGUAAUAGGUGUCGCUAAGACUGGCUCUGGAAAAACAAUCGCUUUUUUGUUGCCCAUGUUCCGUCAUAUCAAGGAUCAACGGCCACUUGAGAACAUGGAGGGUCCCGUUGGGUUGAUUAUGACCCCAACUAGAGAACUGGCAACGCAAAUCCACAAGGAAUGUAAGCCGUUCUUAAAAGCGUUGAACCUUCGUGCCGUCUGUGCGUAUGGAGGUGCGCCCAUCAAAGAUCAAAUUGCGGAAUUAAAGCGUGGUGCAGAGAUUAUUGUGUGCACUCCAGGAAGGAUGAUUGACUUGCUAGCUGCUAAUUCCGGGAGAGUGACUAAUCUACGAAGGGUAACGUACGUAGUGUUGGAUGAAGCUGACCGAAUGUUUGACAUGGGUUUUGAGCCCCAGGUGAUGAAAAUCAUCAGCAAUAUCCGACCUUCGAGACAGACUGUCCUCUUUUCGGCGACGUUUCCUCGUAAUAUGGAAGCUCUUGCGAGAAAAACAUUGACCAAGCCAGUUGAAAUCAUUGUCGGUGGACGCAGCGUUGUUGCACAAGAGAUAACUCAGAUCGUCGAAGUUCGGCCGGAAAAUACAAAAUUUGUCCGAUUACUCGAGCUCCUUGGUAAUCUUUACUCGGAUGACAACAAUGAAGAUGCUCGCGCUCUUAUCUUCGUGGAUCGGCAAGAGGCGGCCGAUGGCUUACUUCGGGACCUCAUGCGCAAAGGAUACCCGUGCAUGUCAAUUCACGGUGGGAAAGAUCAAGUUGAUCGCGAUUCUACCAUCGAUGAUUUUAAAGCUGGCAUUUUUCCAGUCUUAAUUGCGACGUCUGUGGCUGCACGCGGGUUGGACGUCAAACAGCUGAAAUUGGUUAUCAACUAUGAUGCACCAAAUCAUCUUGAAGAUUACGUUCACCGGGCGGGGCGCACUGGUCGUGCAGGCAACACUGGAACGGCUGUUACUUUCUUGACUGAAGAACAGGAGCGAUAUUCCGUCGAUAUAGCAAAAGCUCUGAAACAGAGUGGACAGUCGGUACCCGAAGCCGUCCAAAAGAUGGUGGACUCCUUCCUCGAGAAAGUUAAAUCCGGGAAAGAGAAAGCUAGUGCUUCCGGCUUCGGUGGCAAAGGCCUGGAGCGACUUGAUCAGGAGCGCGAUGCCGCACGGAAUCGUGAAAGAAAGACGUAUAAGACUGGCGAAGAAGGUGAAGAGGAUGAAGAGAAGGAGAAGAAGGAGAAAGACAAGGGAGAGGAGCUCUUUGCCAAGGCUGCCUCAGCGGUACAGUCUUCGUCCGCUCCGACACCAAGCGCUACUCCUGGUGUGCCUAAAGGAAUCGACCUUGACGGGAAGAUUACGGUUCAUAAGACCGAAAGAGCUACGCCAUCCACUACGGGUACUAACCCUCUUGAUAAAGUUGGCUCCGCAGUUGCCGAUAUCCACGCCCGUUUGAACAAGGCGGGCGUUAUGAGGUCGGGUGUGCCAAUUGACAACAAGGGUCCCGAUGCCGGAGCUUUCCAUGCUACUCUUGAAAUUAAUGACUUUCCACAGAAAGCAAGGUGGGCGGUUACCAAUCGGACUAAUGUUGCCAAAAUCCUUGAAGCUACGGGUACCUCGAUCACGACAAAAGGUAGCUAUUAUCCACCAGGCAAGGAACCAGGACCUAAUGAGAAUCCGAAACUAUAUAUCUUAGUUGAGGGAGACACGGAAUUGGUUGUUACGAAUGCGAUGCGUGAACUUAUGCGGUUAUUGAAAGAAGGAACAAUUGCUGCAGCGGACAGCGAGGCACGAGCUCCAGCGAGCGGGAGGUAUAAUGUUUUAUAGAAUUGUUUGUGCAGCAUUAGAUACCUAUAUUCCUCUCAAUAAUAUUGGAGGCAUGCUUGAAAUUCACAGCCUCGCACGCCG